GUGUUUGACUGCCAGAACCAUGAGAGCUUUCACCAUCAUCUAUAAAUAUUUAUUAUUCUUCAUGGUCCAUCUGCUGAUACACAAUGUGUUGGUGCAGAGCAUUGAGACUCGUGAAGCCAUCGUAGGUGAUACAGUCAUCUUACCAUGUUCCAUCGACCGCACUGUAGCGGGUGUGGAUGUUUUUUGGCGAGAUGAUGAACAAAAAGUUUUGGUUGAUAUCAUCAGGAGUAAAGAAGUUUUUUCUGAUCAGAGCCCAGAAUACAGAGGAAGAGUUCAAACUUUUCAAACUGAGAUUGCAAAUGGAAACUUCUCCAUCAAGCUGAGUAAUGUGACGCUCUCUGACUCGGGAACUUACACCUGUCAUCCCCCCCCUCGAGCUGUUCAGAGUGUAAAACUGAGUGUUAAAGAAGGAGAAAAAAAAAUCACUCCAAGGAAUGGUGACAUCACAAUAAGAGCAAGCAGCUUGUUCCUGCUGGGGUUCAGUCUGCUGUACAGUUUGGACUUUUAAAUACAACAUGUGCCUGAGAUACAGUAGGCACAGGCUCCUCGUGACCCGAGGUAGUUCGGAUAAAGCGGUAGAAAAUAAAUGAAUUUGAAAAGAAAAAUAUAUAAACACAAUAAUUUAGUACUUCUUUUUAAAAUAGUGUUAAAUAUGUUCAAAGUUUAAGUACAUGUUUUUCUAUGUUAUUUAUAUUUAUUAAAGCGUAUAAACUGGACUGUUAUAACGGAAACGCACAAUCCGAUGUCAUAAAGCGUGGUCACCACUAGGGAAGCUGUUCUGCGCUUUAACAUGCUUUUCCCCUCCGUGUGUUUUUGCAGUGUUUAUCCAGUGAUAAAUAUAGUGAUAAAUCUGUUAUAAAUUCUGUUUAAGGUCAUGUGUGAUAUCUAAAGCACUUCAACACGGAUAUGUUUUUUACCUAUUUGUGCACGAUUACAAUGAUUCACAGAAGUGUUUACAGACUUCUUACCAACCUCUCAACCUUACUGUAUGGUCACAUCCAUUGUUAUCAGUUCAGUGUUUACAUGUUUUAAAGGAAAGUAAAUACAGUGCGUUACUGUGUGUGUCUGUGUUAGUGUACUGUGUGUGUUAGUGUACAGUGUGUGUCUGUGUCAGUGUUAGUGUUAAUGUGUGUGUGUAGUAGUGUGUACAGUGUGUUAGAGUGUAUUAGUGUGUGUUAGAGCGUAUUAGUGUGUGCUAGUGUGUGUUACAGUGUAUUAGUGUGUGUUAGUGUGUAGUUGAAUGAAAAUAAACAGAUUAAACAGAUAUUUCCUUUGACA